AUGACUGUCACGGUGACAGUCACCGUCGCCGCGGCCGACAACGCCGCCAACACCACCAUCACCACCACCAUCACCACCACCAUCGCCGUCACCACCACCACCAACGUGCCGUCGGCCCCCCUCGCGCUUCCCGCCGCCCCCCCGGCCACCCCCGCACAUCCCCCGGCCUCCCCGGCCGCCAUCGCCUCUCCCGCCGGCCCUCCGGCCGCCGCUGCACCCGCCCUUGUCGCCGCUGGCCCCGCCGUGUCCCGCGCAGGAGCCCGGGCGCCGUCGCAUCGCAUUGCCGCAGCAAAGCGGCGAUGCAACGGCGCCGGGCCAAGUACAAUCUGCGCCGCAAGCAGCGCGUGGUGGGGAGGGAAGGGGCAGGACAAUGUGGACGAGGAAGAGGAAGAGGACGACGCAGGAAAUUAG